UAGUCUUACGAGAUGCUACCAGCGGGAGAUAACGGUGGAUAAAUAUUCUUUCGAAAUACCACGCUACAAGCGUCAAACAGGAGAUGACGGAGUCGAGUCAAACUGGGGAGACAAUCGAGGGAUUCAACCGGGGACACGACGUGCCUGGUCGAUCCUCGAGAUACUCUGGCCCCCUCCCAGCGAUUCUCGCGCAUUUCCGAUUACUCCGUAAUUUGUACGGGCUCCACUCGUGGAGAAGAUGAUGCGGAGAAAAAAAAAAGGUUGCGACACUGCGAGGCUGCCGAUCGGGAGGAGACGAAAAAAAAAAGGCAAAAGAAAAGAACGGAAGAGAAAAGUGGAUCGGAGAAAAAGAAGGGCGAACAGAAAAAAAAGGCGAGAGUCAGAGAAAGAGAGAAAAGGAAGUGGUUUUCCGCAAGCGAAGAAAUCCGGUGGUUCGCUCUUACCCGAUUGGGGCAGUCUUAUCGCCUGUUAUCUCCUCGUGACAAAAAGAAUUGCAACGCCGGCCGCGUUGCCACCCGAAGAGACGGUGACAUCGGCCGCUUGCAACCACGCCGAAUGCGGGGGUGGUAUUCUUAUUUUCCUUCUUUCUCGAUCCCUGUCCUACGCCGUACCUCCCGUGCCUCCCGUACUUGCCGAGUUCCUGCCAAGGGUCUACAGAACACCGAGUCAAGGAUGACCGAAGGAAGCAGAUCCAUGCCGUGUCUUGCAGGGUGGCAAGCUCCGUCAACGUGGUAGUUUGGUGUGCUUCAUGCAUAUAUUAGUAUCAGGUACCUGGGUCGGUAGGUAUGUACCUG